AUGCGAAGAGGAAGAAUCGGUGGACCAGGCAGGCACGGCAAUGCCGGUGCAUUUGCUGUAGGGAUGGCUGUCGGCGGGCGUAGAUCUCGCGACCAUUCACCAGACCAUAAGUUGGUAAAGACUGCGGUAGUAGCUAGUGCUAUCAGACCUGGGCCAAGGCGACCCCAUCCCGUUGCUAAGGCUGCGGUGGUGGGCAGUGUGGUGGGAAAUAGUCGCCGACCUGGUUUGACUCUGAUGCUGAUUAGGCCUCGACCUAUGGUGAUGCGUCCACGGUACGUCUACAUGUAUCUAGCUCGUACUAAAGCUUGA